AAUUACUACAGUGACCCUUCACCAGUUGUGCAAACAACUCAUGGUAGCGUAAGAGGUGCACUGCAUCAGACGCUCUACGAUGACUCCUAUUACGGAUUUGACGGCAUACCGUAUGCCAAGCCUCCGCUAGGUGAGCUACGCUUUAAAGCACCACAGGAUGUGGAGCCCUGGAAGGACGUGCUUGAUUGCUUCCAGCCCAGAGACAUGUGUCUGCAGCUUAGUAGCCUGACCAAGCAGCUGGAGGGCAGCGAAGAUUGCCUAUAUCUGAACAUAGCUGCAAAAACGUUACAUAGUAAGAAACCGUUGCCAGUUAUGGUUUAUGUUGCUGGAGGUGCCUUUGUGAGAGGAGAUGCAUCGCGUCGAACUUGGUCACCGGAUUACUUGAUGCGCGAAGAUGUCAUCUACAUUAGCAUUGGACACCGUUUGGGAGCAUUUGGUAACCCCUUCGAUUUAUUAAGCUUUGCGGAUCCAGCUCUGCAAGUACCCGGAAAUGCAGCUCUUAAGGAUGUAGUUCUAGCGCUAAAGUGGAUCAAGGCCAAUGUUAGCCGUUUUAAUGGGGACGCAGAGAAUAUUACGUUCUUUGGUCACAGCGGCGGCAGCAUGUUAGUGCAUCUGCUGAUGCUAAGUCCACAAGCUGAAGGACUCUUUCAUAAGGCCAUACUCAUGGCAGGAUUUGCCAACACUAUGCUAAGGCUUCCAAACAUGGAGUAUCGUAUAGCAAAGCAAUUGGGCUACUCUGGCGACAAUAAGGAUGUGGAAGUCUUUGACUUUUUGAAUAAUGUUGAUCCCAAACUUUUGGCAACCGUAGACAUUUGGACUGAAUCAGAGCGUCUACAGUAUACGGUGCUAAAGCCAUAUGUGCCUUGCGUGGAGCCAUAUGCCACUGCCUCCGCUAUACUUAGAGCCGAGCCCAGUGAACUUCAGCGUUCUGCCUGGAGCAAUAAAAUUCCAAUUAUGGUGGGCACCACCAGCAUGGAGGCACAUAAUCUACACUAUAGUUUUCUGGAAAACAAACAGUUGCUACAAGGCUAUACUAUGCAUCCGGAGUACUUGCUACCUCGAACGCUGCAGGAGCGUUGCAACAGCGAGCAACAGAAAGAGCUGAGCCAAGCGCUCGUCCAGAAACUGACAACAGGCGAUUACCAUCCGUUAGCAAUUCUUGCCACACACAACAUGUUGCACUCCCAGCACAUUUGAUUAAUGCUCGCCUGGACCUACAGCCAAGCAGACAACUAUCUCUAUCGAUUCGACUUUGAUUCGGUGGACUUCAACUUUCGUCGCAUUCAUAAUUAUGGACCCAACGUUCGAGGAGUUUUUCACGGGGAUGAGAUGAGCUACUUGUUUAAGAUGACCGCCACAUUUAAGUUGGAUGAGUCCAGGGCGGAGUAUGCCACUAUUUGGCGCUUUGUGGCCAUGUUUGUGGAGUUUGCUGGUGGAUGAAGCCUGGUGGAUUGGAAGCCUGUUUCGCGAUCUGGUAGCCGCAUGUGCUUGAACAUUAACGAGGACUUGAAGUUUAUUCCACAGCCCGAACUUGAAAAUUUGAAAUUCUAUGACAAAUUGUAUAAAGAGGUUGGACUGGAGCAAUACGUAGAAUUUUCUAAGAAAUAACUUCGUCCAUUGCCAUAAAACAUUAACUACUUAUAUAUAAAUAAAUGAUCUAUAAUCUCUAA